AUGUUACUCCUCGGCCAUGCCAACGUCGCAUCGUUGUUGCUCCUUUCUGCAACAACGAGUUCAGUCCUCGGUGCCCCUGUCAACGAGGUCGACUUGGCUCAUUCAUCUCUUGUUCCUCGUCGAACUCGCGAUGUUGACGACCUCUCCAAACUGGACGAGAUCUGCGGCCAUGACAUCAACAAAGAAAGUUUGAAGGAUAUAUGGGAAAUGACGCGCGUGGGAGGCUUCCUCGACAUCAUUGUGAACGGCACCUCUAUAGGGGCGUACCCCAACUGGGUUCAGAACCUCGACAAGGCCACCUGGGAUAAGCAGCAGUCCGACGCGUGGGACUGCACCAGCUUCCCUGGGAAAUGUGGCCCCGCGGCUGACUGCAAAGAGUUCUUCCUCAUCAGAGAUCGGCCCCAGGAAUACUGGAUCUUCAAAUCCAUAGACGGUGCGCACAAGGUCAUGAACAGGCUGCACGAGGAGCUCCAGAACGACGCCAACGUGGUCCAAUUUGACUUGGACGGCAUCAUCUCCGACUUUCAAGGCGGGAUCAAGGACCUCACCGACAUCUACGGGAAAAUGGCUGCGGCUUUCACCAUUGGGGCUGGGGCCGUGAGCGUGGUGCCUGGCCCAGGAAAGCUCGCCAGCGCCGCGUUCAAUGUCGUGGCCGGUGUCUUUAGCUUGGCCGCUCUGGACAAGCCUCCCGACUCGAAGCCGACUGCGCAGGAGUAUCUCAAGAACUAUUUCGAACAGUCCCAGAAUGCUCUCAAAGACACGGCCCGCAAUCUGUUCGGUACUGGUGAUCAGAAGAAGCUUCCCAACCUUUCGAAUCCUCACCACUGGCUAACGGAAGUGGCUCAAUUUUUCGAUGAUGGCAAGUUCUUGAUUGAGAAUGUCGAUGAAGCCACAGAUACCACAGUCAAGACGGCCAGGAUACAUCUGCGACAAGCCAUUGGUAUGUCCGUUCUCGACUCACAGGGGUGGAAACUCUUCAUCGAUCCAGGUAUCAAGGAUGAGGCACGGUGCAAGAAGGAUGGGAGCUCCCACAUCUGGAGGAGCGAAAGCAACGAGUGCUGGGGCCUUCUCAAGUGGGAAAAGAUCCCUUCUGGCGACCCCUUCUCCAAGGACAGGAUCAAGGUCACCCAGUUGCCCGAGAAAACUGUCCAGAAGAUGACAAAAGACUACGAGAUGGAUUUGAAAACAGUCUACGAUAACGCCGUCGCUUGCAAGCUAGCGCAUCCGGAUGGCAGUGCUCGCGCCAUCAAAGUCCAGGAAUUGAGCCCAGAUGGCAGCAACCUUCCGCAGUGCUUCUUCAGCAUAGACGUUGCCAAGGGUACAUUUACCGCCAAUGAAUACAAACCGCAGGAUCUUUGGGGCAAAUGGUAG